AUGGGCUUUGCAUUUUUGUGGGCCGUCGCUAUUCUGUUUCCUGGCCCGCUCUAUCGAGUGCUGGCCCAUGGAUCUCCACAAGACCUUUCUUCGCGUUUUGUGCUUGCACUGGCUAUAGCCUUAUCAAACGAGGUUGCAGGGAGCAGAGAGUUUAAUAUCUUGGCUCAGGAUAGCUUGCCUGCUGCAGCCAAGGGACCCGGACUAACUGCAGCCAUUGGGAAGCUGUGUCAAUUAUGUGAGCGUUACUCAACUGAGGCAUUGCUCUACCUCAAACAAAACGAAACUCAGAUAGAGAUUCUUAGCAUUCUACACCAUGAAUGUGCAAGCCUUGCUCCUCUCAAACAGCAGUGCAUCACGUUGGUCGACUACUAUGUACCCCUUUUCUUCUUGGAGGUUUCAAUGAUUACCCCUGAAAAGUUUUGUGAAUCAGUUCACCUCUGCAAGAAUGGAAUGAAGAUUAGCCUACCCACCCAGGAGGGUACUUGCGGUUUAUGCCACCAUGUUCUUGUUGAAGCUCUUGUCAUGCUUAAAGACCCGAACACACAGCUUGAGGUAAUUGACCUACUCCUCAAACCAUGCAGCAAGGCACAGAACUAUGAACAACAGUGCAAGCAUCUGGUCCUCAAGUAUAUCCCGCUGAUUCUGGUCAAGGGCCAGAAGUUCCUCGAGACGACUGAUGUCUGCACUGCAAUACAUGCAUGCAAAACAGGAACACAAUUAUCAAUGGAAGGCAUGCCUCUAUCUGCCACUCUGUAAAGAUCUGAAUCAGAAUAAGGUUUAUCUAUCUAGGACAUCAAAUUGGAGAGAAAAGAUGAAAGUCAGAUGACUAUUGGAGCUCUUCUCUAUUCGGAACACGGUGAAAAUUCAUGUCGAAACUUUGGUGUAAAUUUGGAGACUUGUCCACUGAUCUGUAAACUAUAUUGCAACCGAGCACCUGCAACCAUCUCAAGCAUCGGAUUGAGAAGUUGUAAGGGAUGAUCGCAUUGAAUGUAUCAUCUAUUGUUUGUAACUACCGAGAUUUAAUUCAGUGUUUCUGUUAA